AUGGUAAUCAAACGAGCGCAGGCGCCGCCCGAUGCCGCCUUGCCGGCCGGCAAGAAUAAAAACAAAAUUAACAUACUCUGUGUUUACGUUUGCCCGAGGUCGUUCGUGUUUUUAUCAAUAGUUGCCAUAUCUAUGCUAGAAUCUAGUGCGUUCACUAUACGUCGUAUGAAAGACGUAACUGUGAAACUCGAGCAAGAUCUAGUCGGAGAGGGAAGUUCGCUGGUGGACGUGAAAGAGGAGUUGCCUAAAGCAAACAAUAUUAAAGUCAUUGAUUUACAAAAUACUUCAUUAGAGAAAAUAGUUCCCGGAAAGACAACAGCCAAAGUGUAUGAAAUAAAAGGAGACUAUCCAGGUAAAGAUGAGAAAAUUGAAUUAACUACGGCCUACAUAGUUUUGAAAACUGAUGAUGGUUAUUUAAAAAUAACUGGCCUACCGGUUUAUACAAGUUCUGUAAAUGAAGAUACUUCAUCCAUCGCAAUUACCUAUGUACCAGAUAAGAAUGAAGAAGUUUUAAGACAACGAAGACAGAAAAGUGGAGAGAAUGAAAUCACUACUGCAACAAAUGCCUUUACUACGUCUGGUGGUAAUGAUGAGGCUGUGUCGACGCAACCUUCAGAGACGUCGCAACAGAUAUCAACAGCGGAAAUCAGAAAUAUUUUAAGCGACAUCAUAUCACAGGAAGUCACAACUGUGGAAAUUCCUUCAGAAAUUGCCACAGCUGUUACCGAUUAUACAAGUGGUGUACCUACCAUAGAAUCGAAAUCUACCAGGCGUAAUAAUUCCAGUAGUAUUAAUUUGUCACAAGCCACGGGAAACACAGCAAAUAUCAAAUUACCUACUACUUCAAUAAUUAAUUCAAGUAGUAGAACAAUAGAUAAAUUAAAUAGUACAGGUUUUGAUGAGCCUAUUUGGAAAAAAUAUAAUACAAUCAACAGAAAACCUGAAGAAAUAGUUACAGAUAGUAUAAUAGCCACCCAUGAGAACAUCGAAGGAACAACUAAAGAAGAUGCACCGGCUCGCGUUACUUUAGAGAAAGUAUUGAACGAGACUCCAAUAUCGUCACUGGAAGCCCUUAAGGAAGAAAUGCUGUCGAAUACCAAUACAUACAAGAGUAUCCAAAUGCAGACAGACACAUAUGCUACAUCUACAAUGCAACCAGCCUUUAGCGAUGUCUACAUAAGUGAAAGUGAUAAAUUGACUUCAUCUCUAGAAACUAAGAGAACUUCACCGAGAAUUCGACACUCGUCGUCAAAAAGAGCUGGUUUUCUAGAUUAUUCGGCAAAACCAAUUGCAGAUAAUAUAGCAGAAGAGGCAACAACAAUAAUAGAUAAUUACGACACUACCAGCAUAACUGGUAAUGAGAAUUUGAGCACAACAUUUGAAUUUGAAGUACAAGAUAGUGAUAGUGUAUUGGACAGCAAAAAAGAAGCGGAAUCGCAAAGACAAUUGGCGGAGGACGCAAUAAAGGAAGAACUCCUGAAAGAAGAAUUGCUUAGUGAUAAUGAAGAAUAUGCUAAGAGAUACCGCCUCGAAGCUGGGGCUACUAUCAAUCGUACAACAGAUAUACUAACAUUACCGAAAACAAAUCAACAGAUAUUUGACGACAAUUUAAGUGUAAAACCAAUAAACUAUGAAAAAGUAAAAAAUCCUGUUAAGUACACAGUAAGUCCUAAUUAUAAACCAUUAAAAAAAAUAGAAGUACAAUCACAAAAGCCUGUCUUAAGAGAUCCUGACGAUAAUAGCUGGAGAAACGAGAGCAUCAGUAGUUUAGGUAUAGUAUUUAAACCAAAAGCAGCCUCGAAAAAUUAUACUGAAGUUUUGAGAAAUAAAACAGAAGCUUUGUUAAGUGGUUCUUUGAUCAACGAUAAUAAGAAUGAUGUCCCUGAUUUAAAAGAACGCUUGGAAAAAAUAACUGAAGUCAGAAAGUCAAAGAAGAAGAAGGUCAUAGAUAAAUUUGGUGAGCCAGUCUACAGUGAUUACGACGAGGCUGUGUAUUCUGUAGAAUCUAUAAGUCCCAAUACGCCACCUUUAGAAACUACAUCUGUUUAUAAAUCUGUGGCACAAAAUAUUAUAGGAACUCUGCAAAGUACACCUUCAGUUGAGCCUGAACUUACAACAUACACUAGUAAUCCAGACCAACUCUAUAUCAGAAAGGAUAUAAAUAAAGAAUUAGAUGGCAUAACUACAGAAAAACCAAAGAAAUAUAAUAGCGUCCUUGAAUACUAUGACACAACCGAUGAAUAUGACGUUGACUAUUUAAAUCUUGCCAAAUUAGAUUUAAAGAAAUAUACACCAGGUGUCCUAAAUAAGGAAACACCUAUUUCUACUGUACCAUCAUCGGGGUCCUCGAAACCGGCCAUCAAUACUUUUCCUGAAAGAAAACCUACCAUUCAAUAUUUCCCACCACGUGUUACGCAAAAAGUUAACUUUAAUGAAUACAACGAAGAUUUCCAAAGGAAAGUGAAUUCAUAUCCACACAACAUACCUAAGAAUAAUGUUGGCCUCACAUUCACCACGAUACCUACUCAGUCCGUACCACGAAACAACUAUGACCAGUAUAAUAAGAAGAAUACAAUUAUACCAUCGAAUUACAACUCGCGCUCAAAACCGGCUACUAUUGAAAAGAAUGUACAUACAUCUAACGACCAGCGAGUACCGGGGGCACUGAUGCAAAACAACGGAUACGCAGUGGACACCGGAACUUACGACAGAGGCUCCUAUGUUAUUAGACAUUACAAAGACUUCAUAGAUGAGGCUUCGAGAGACAACGAUUACGAUAGAAACGCUGAAUAUAUCCCAUACACAGAAGCCCCUCUCAGAGGCGUGACUUUAAAUAAUGUAGCUACAUUAAAGGAUAGGCCCAAUGUGGAUGCUGGUUAUGAUUACGAAACGCAGUUCCGCAAGGAUAUAUUAAAUAGAUUUGUCGAUAAUUUCAACCAAAACAACGAGCGGUUCAAGGUCGAUUUCCCGAUAUUAUACAACAAUAGUGUACUACACAGGAAGACGGACGAAAGCGGCAAGGUUCUAGCGACUUCGACCGCAUUCAUGAAGAGACUGUAUGGAGAGGGUAAUACUGCAACAAAGGCCAACAAUUACGUGGUACGGGGGAGGCCUUGCGAGAAUUGCGACAAUAUUACCGUAGAGUUGUCGCCGGCGUACGAACUGCAUUAUUAUGUACCUGAGCAGGAAGAAAGGGAAGAGGCGGAGCCUCGAUCGGUCACUUUGGCGUACAGAUAUACAUUAUGAAAGUAAUUGUGGUUCUAGACUACGGAUAGUUCGACUUUCGACCGCCAGUAACUAUGUAGCUAUUAUAUAAAAUAGUCGAGCUAUCGAAAUAAGCACUAAUUUGAAUAUAUCGAUAGGUAGUUAAUAUGUUUGGGCGGAUUUUCUCCAGUAGAAACGUGCUAUCAGUUUAAAAGUAUUAAGUUGUAAAUAAUUAAAUAAAUAAUUGUAAAUACUUAUGUACCUAACUUAAUUAGUUUAGAGUGCGUUUAGAUAUGGGUAUUUCAGUCGUACCGUACUUGUAGAUUAUAAUGAUAAAUUACCAGGUCAGUAGCUGCC